AUGCUGCAAAAUGGAAACGGAAAGCAAAAAGCUCCGCAACCGCCAAAUGCUGGUGAGACAGAGUCAGACUCCACGGAUGGCAACCCGAAACUGCAGCAAGAGCAGCCGGCAGUUCUCCCAGCCGCCGACAAGAAGGACGCAGAGUCCACACUCUUCCCCAUGCCCACUUACCCUAAACUGGAGAUAAAGCGAAACGCGGUGACGGACGAUUAUAAAGUCUCCAAUCAGGUUCUGGGCUUGGGGAUCAACGGCAAAGUCCUCGAGUGCUUUAACAAGAAAACCGGAGAGAAGUGCGCGCUAAAGAUUCUCUAUGAUAGUCCCAAAGCGAGGCGAGAGGUGGAGCUCCACUGGCGAGUGUCAGGAGGGCCGUACAUCGUUCGCAUCCUGAGCCUCUACGAGAACAUGUAUCACGGGAAGAAAUGCUUGCUCAUCAUCAUGGAGUGUAUGGAGGGAGGAGAGCUGUUCAGCAGAAUCCAGGCCAGAGGAGACCAGGCGUUCACUGAAAAAGAGGCAUCAGAGAUUAUGAGGGACAUCGGCACGGCCAUCGAUUUUCUCCACAACAUUGAUAUCGCGCACAGAGACAUCAAGCCAGAGAACCUGCUGUACACAAGUAAAGAGAGAAAUGCGGUCCUCAAACUGACAGACUUUGGCUUUGCAAAGGAGACCACGCUGCACAAUCCUUUGCAGACUCCUUGUUAUACUCCGUACUAUGUGGCUCCCGAGGUUCUGGGUCCAGAGAAGUACGACAAGUCAUGUGACAUGUGGUCUCUGGGCGUCAUCAUGUACAUCCUAUUGUGCGGCUUCCCUCCGUUUUACUCGAAUACAGGCCAAGCCAUUUCUCCUGGGAUGAAGAGGAGGAUCAGGAUGGGCCAGUAUGAAUUUCCUAAUCCAGAGUGGUCGGAGGUGUCACAGGAAGCAAAAGAUUUGAUCCACCAACUACUGAAGACAGACCCUAACGAGAGAAUGACCAUCACCCAGUUUAUGAACCACCCCUGGAUCAAUCAGUCCAUGAUGGUUCCUUCCACUCCCCUGCACACCACACGGGUCCUGACAGAAGACAGAGAGAUGUGGGAGGACGUGAAGGAAGAGAUGACCAGCGCUUUAGCGACCAUGCGUGUGGACUAUGACCAGGUGAAGAUCAAAGAUCUCGACACCUCCAGCAACCCUCUGCUCAACAAGAGGCGCAAGAAGGCCGCUGCGGGGGGCAAGAGUGGGUCCACGGUAUGCCAGAGUCAGUGAGGCAAGGAUGAGCUUUGGUGGAAGGUUCAAGAGGUGCUUUAGACUUCUCAGAGACUCAACUUCAAGCAAGUGCGCUCUAAAAUAAGAGACAUUAGGAACGCCAGAGUUAAACCUGGAUAUUUCGGGGACGUGGAGACGUGAUAUCACCUGUCUGUUGUCACCGCAGGCCUGUCUGUUUUUAAUUAUUUUGUGUAAUAAUGUCUUUUCUUUUUUGGGAGGGGGCUGGGCUGUUUCUAAGAGUACCUGUGUCUAGAGAUAUCUGUAGUGGUAUAUGUUGUGUAUUUGAAUGCUGGAUUUACCUGUCUAAGGUGUAACUAUGCAGUUGUGUGCAGAUCACACUCAAAGAAACUAACUGUGGACAGACUGUGAAACUAAAAGGCUCAUUAUUGUCUUUUGUCUUAAUAUCGUCCUUCGUUUGCUGCCUUCCUUUUAGGAUUCAAAAUCCUAAAAUGUUAAUAAAAUGUAGCCUCCACAA